GUGGAAGCUCCAAACACCAACACGAUGAUAUGCUUCAGGUUCCAAGUCAAAAUUGUUCUCUGACCUCAGCUUCAACAUUUACUAACACAAAUGCAUUAUUAUAGCUUGUGUGUGUGUCAUCAUCUCUGUCCUUCUUAAACAACCACCUGUUGGUCCUUGCUAGCUCCAGAAUAUUGAUUGAGAUUUGGAUUUUGGAACAAUCAGACCAGUGAGCAUGAUGAUGAGUGAAUUAGUGAAUCACCAAAGAAUCAAAACCAACGGGAUAUGGAUACAUGUAGCAGAGCAAGGAACAGGACCACUAGUUCUACUGCUUCAUGGCUUCCCAGAAAUAUGGUACUCAUGGCGCCACCAGCUCAACUACUUAGCCCAAAAUGGUUAUCAUGCGGUUGCUCCUGAUCUCAGAGGCUACGGUGAUUCUGAUUCUCCUCUUGACCCCAAUUCCUACACUGUUCAGCACAUAGUAGGUGAUCUUAUUGGUCUUCUUGAUCAUUUUGGUGAACAACAGGCAUUUGUGGUUGGUUCUGACUUGGGAGCAAACAUUGGAUGGAACCUAUGUCUGUUUAGACCUGACAGGGUGAAGGGGUUUGUUGCUUUAGGUGUUCCUUACUUGCCAAGAUCUCCAACUGCUAAAACGGUUGAAACAAUCAGGGAAAUAUAUGGAGAUGAGAGUCAUGUCUGCCAGUUUCAGGAAGCUGGUCGUGCAGAGAGAGCUUUUGCAAGAUAUGAUUGCUUGACAGUGAUGAAGAAGUUUUUGCUGAUAACAACAGAUUUUCUAGUAGCUCCUCCUGGCGUGGAGAUCAUUGAUUUCUUACCGACGCCUUCGGUUUUGCCAUCAUGGAUCACUGAGGAGGAACUCAUGGUGUUUGCAGACAAAUUUCAGGAGUCUGGUUUCACUGGUCCACUCAAUCACUACCGGGCAAUGGACCUAAAUUGGGAGCUUCUUGCACCGUGGCAAGGAUCAAAGAUAAUAGUUCCAACGAAGUACAUAGCCGGAGACAAAGACAUUGGCUUUGAAAAGGGUGGUAUGAAGGAUUUUGUGGAAAGUGAUGUUUUUAAGAGUAUUGUUCCCAACCUUGAAACAGUUAUACUAGAUGGACACCAUUUUAUACAUCAAGAGAAAGCCCAACAAGUUUCAGAUGAAAUCAUUUGCUUCAUCAGGAAAUUAUCUCUGGAUUAAAAAUAUUUAAUGGUCUCACUUUCAGACCUUAUAUCUCUUUUUUUUACAGUGACCUUAUAGCCUUGAUAGUCUGUUAGUAAUUUGCAAGAGGAGAGUUGUUUGUGCCGACACAUCAACUCAUUCAUUUGUCUUACUUUUACCAGUUGUGUUACUUGUGUACUAUGUGUCAGUUCUAUAUUCGACCUAUUAUUUUCACUUUAA